AUGAAACCUGUCCUUUCCCACCUGCGAUCCCUUGGGAUAGUAGUCUUAUGUUAUCUUGAUGACUGCCUAUUCAUUGCUCCAUCAGUAGAGAUUUUACAGACUCAGGUUGGCUAUGCUUUACUUCUCUUUGAUUCCCUGGGUCUCACUAUCAACGUGCAGAAGUCUGUUUUGGAGCCAACACAGAAGGUUACUUUUCUGGGUGUGGUUCUGGAUUCUGUCGCCAUGGCUGCUACUUUACCAUUCAGUAGGAAGGAGCGCAUCAAGGAACAAGGCUUGCUUCUUCUCAAGGUAGAAUUAGCUCCUCUCCGUUACAAGUACCUGGAAAUAUUUAGAAAUCAGGGUCUAGUUCGCUCCUGUGGUGAUUAUUAUGCCAAUGUUAUUUUGGAUGACCAUGCCAGAUAUUUGAUCUCUUGGUGGGUGGCUAAUAUAGACUUUCAGGAGAAGUCUCUACUCUCUUCUUCCCCAGAUUGUGAGUUGUUCACAGAUGCCUGCCUCACUGGUUGGGGUGCUUCAAUAGGGAAUGUCACGACUGGAGGUCACUGGGCCCAAGAGGAGCUAGACCAUAUUAACAUCUUGGAGUUAAAGGCCAUUCUGUUGGGCUUGCAAUCCUUGUGUAAGGAUAGGACUGGCUCCCAUGUUAGGCUCAGAUCGGACAACACCACUGCAGUUGCUUGUAUUGAUCGUUGUGGCAGUACAAGACCUAACCUUCAUGUUCUUACCGAAAAGAUUUUUGAGUGGGCUGCUUCUAGGGAUAUUACUCUAUCUGCACAGCAUGUACUGGGUUUGGACAAUGUAACAGCUGAUGUAGAAUCUAGGGUCACCAGGAUGGAUGCCUUGUAUCCAGAACUCUUCGGAAACUGCAGGACGACAAAGCAACAGCUCUGA